CUUGGUCGCAGUUUGGUGUUGUGUCGUAGCGAGUCAAUUCUAAAGAUGAUUUUGUGUUUCAAAAUCUGGCGGGGAAGAAAAAGAACGCAGCAGUGGUGGAGGAUAAUAUGCAUGCGAACCCUCCCAUUCAAUCAAGACCGCCUCUAAAUCUGGCAAAAGAUGGUGGUGCGGUUGCGUCGGCUGAUAUGCAGGCUGGGAAGGUGGAGGCUGGGGCUCGACCGACCAAGGAGAUGGCGGCGAAGCCUCGGAAGCGCUUGUCCAAAAGUAAAGGUGUGGAGGCGGGGGUGGCUAUCACGCGGGCGGCCAAACUAAAGGGACAAUGCUUGGCUCCCUUACCCCGUGACACCAACCCGAUAUUUGCUGCUGAUUUUAUUGAUGAAGGAGCCCCAGAUGAGACGGCGUCGUUGAAUUCUCUUUCGGAGGAUGAUGCUGGUGUUUUUGAGAUAAAGUGACGCGGUCCAGGGGUUGGAGGGUCUCGAUGUGAUGGGGUUAUGAAGGGCUGGGUCCGGCAAGUGGUUGAUGCUUUUGAAUCAGGCCUUAAUAUUACUACGGAGGGUAUAUCCCCAGCUGGUGUGAAGAUGGAGGGUCACUCUUUGGGAGAAGGGGGCACUUCGAGUUCUACCUUGGAUGAGUAUGGCUCGAACCUCUUAAACCCGGUGAUUGGGAAUCGGAAGACACCCUUUGUCGAGGUUGAAGGGGGCCUAGAGGAGUCACCCACACCCAAAAAACAGUUUGUGGAAGAGAAUGAGAUGAAUGAUUCGGUGGAGGAAGCCAGCCGUGAAUGGCCCCACCCAGAUAAAUGAGGCUUUUGGCCUGGAAUGUGAGGGGAAUUGGACCAUCACUCACAUUCCAAACUGCUGUAGGUUUAGUUCGUUCGAAUAAACCGGAUCUUGUGUUCUUCUCGGAGACUCGAUCGGGCCGGCGUGUUGUCUCUCGCCGUAUUAGGGGGUUGGGGUUUCCUGUUGAUCAUUGUUACUUUGUUGAUGUUGUUAAUGCAUCGGGUGGGUUAGUAAUAGCUUGGUUCCCCGAAGUUAAUGCUUCGGUGUUUUAUCAUUCAAAUUUUUGUAUUGGCGUUCAAAUUAAUGAAGUCGAUUCUCGGUA